AACUGUAAAAGAAAAAGCAGACCCUUCUAGAAGCAGCGGACAAGUUGUAGGACAACUGUCAGAUGUAGCAUGGAGCUCUUGACAACAGAAAUUCCACUGGCAGCUACAACGGCUCCCGGUCAGCAUCACAGAGGUGCUUCUUUGCUAUCCUGCUGAAAAACUUCACCCUGGAAACCACAUGCUAAAUCAGCUCAGACGCAGCAGAGAAUCCGAACAAAGAGAGCGCCUUCACUGCAGUGCAGCUUGGCUCAGAUCCAAAAGACUCACAGGCAGGAGGCAGACUGCAAAGAUGCAGACAACAGGUCGCUUUGUACUACCGCGCGGUGACCUACUUUUGAAACCACUUGGAAAGAAAUGCGUGUUCCUCACUGCAGGCCCCAUGCCCUGCCAAAGGCUGGAACCACCUGUGCAGUCAGGCCAGUCACAAGAUACAGAUUUGUGUUUUUUCAGCUUUGCAUUUAUUUAUAUACAGUUCACAGUCAGCUGCUUGAUGCGUCUUACUCACCAAGAGCUACUGGAGGAAGAGUGGCCUGGAUGUUAAAUACAGGUGCUUCAUACAACCACCAGUUACCACACCAUUUAAUAAAGAGAUCUCCUUUGUCUGUAUCAAAUUCAGGUAGUAAAAUAUUUUCUGAAGAAAUUCUCAGCUUUACGCUGAAAUUCAGCAAAAGGAAGUCACAAGGCCAUCACCUCCAACUUGGGAGAUCGUUGUGCACAUAUAAUAGGUGAAAAUGAGGCAGAAUCUGGCUCACAAUAUAUAAACACUGCAUUCUGACUUUACAAUAAGUACCUCUCAAUUUGAUAAUAAUUAGCAUUAAAGUAGUAUAAAGAAUCUAUGGAGAUACGAAGUGUGUAACAUUCAGGGCACAAGCUUACCACACAGUAAAAGCCGAGGGACAGGGCAAGAGGUAUUUAAGAAGGGCUCUGUAUUCAUUCCCACACACCCCCCAGACAAAAGAGGUGGCUCUGUGAGAUACGUAGAACUGAAUAGUUAGAGCUGAAUGAACCCCAUCAGCGGAGGCUGGGGAAUGCUGAUGGCGGCCUGUGCAGCGCCUGCCCCCAGGCUGUGGAGGAUCUGCGUUCGAUGUCGGCAUGUUGCCGCCUGUGCUUGCGUUGGGUAACGUCAUUUCCUGAAGAAGGAGUUUUUCAGGAGCCAUUAUUAACAAGCUGCGUGGCCUUCGUGAGGUUUGAAUGAAGCCCUGGCCUACCUGUCGUUCUGGAGGAAAUGUCAAUGGCCCACCCUUGCAUGCUGUUAUUGCAGGCUUCCCGCCUCCUGUGAAGACGAUUUUGAGCUGCUGCCCUUUAGAGUGGCUACAGAUUAAUGCCGCAGUUAAAUUACAGACACAUGCAGCCUGGAUUCUCUCAUGGACCACCACCAACCAGGAGUUCAACGUUGUACCAUUAAUAGAGCGCUAAUAUAAGCGUGGUCUUCUCUGCAGCGGAGGAGGACUCUCACCCAUGGAUGACUGUUUUGCUCUUGCUUUUAAACCAGACAGUCUGUCUGUACAAGACUGACAGCAAAUAACUUGCUCGAGGACUGCGGAGGAAUGGAAACUGCAGCUGAGAAAUGAUUUUGGGGAAAAGAAGACAGAAAAGUAGAAACAAACUAUUAUGGAAGUACAAAUAGCCCUCUAAAGGAUCAGCAAAUGUACCAGCUAUGGAGUCUGGCUGUGGUCCCAGCAAGAGAGAUUUCUCUUCAGAGAAAACCUAUUAACCAUUUGGAGGGAGUGCAUGUGAAUAAGACGGAGUUAUUUAAAAAAGCUCUGCUUCAGGUUUAGUCUCCCAGUGGGGAACGUCUUUGGUGAUCUGCAAGGCCAUUUCUACUAGAAAUGGAUAACUUCACAAAUGGGCAGCCGGGCCCAGAUCAGAGGAACAGGUUGAUGGGGUUACUAGAAACAGAUGACAGUAUCCAGGAUGAUAAACCUCCAUCUAGUAAAAAGGAAGAUAGAUCAGGGCUACAUGGAAAGAAGGGAGAGCCACGGCCCUUGGAGACACCUUAUCAGAAGGAGAGCAGUGACUUUCCUCCUAAGGUGAAGAUUAAUCUGAACUAUCGGCCAGGACUCGUCAGCAACCAAAAGGACCCCAACCGCUUUGACAGAGACAGGCUCUUCAGCGCAGUUUCAAGGGGCAGCCCCGAGGCACUGGAUGGUUUACUUGAGUACUUAAGGAGGACCUCCAAAUUUCUCACCAAUUCUGAAUACACAGAUGCAAAGACUGGGAAGACCUGCUUAAUGAAAGCCCUGUUGAACUUAAAAAAUGGAAGGAAUGACACAAUCCCACUUUUGUUGGAAAUAGACCAAAAGACACAGAAUCCCAGGCCACUGGUCAAUGUGACAUGCUCUGACUGUUACUACAGAGGCCAGACAGCGCUCCAUAUUGCCAUAGAGAAACGGAGCCUAGAUUUAGUGAAAAUUCUAGUAGAGAACGGAGCUGAUGUCCAUGCCAGAGCCCAUGGUGAAUUCUUCAAGAAGAAGAAAGAAGGAGUUUACUUUUAUUUUGGUGAACUUCCCCUCUCCUUGGCUGCUUGUGCAAACCAGCCUGAGGUGAUGGAAUAUCUUCUAAACAAUCCCCACCAGAAAGCCAGGCUCCAGGAGCAGGAUACACAGGGCAACACCGUCCUCCAUGCUCUGGUGAUGAUUGCAGAUGACACUGAGGAGAACACCAAGUUUGUGAGCUCAACAUACCUUGAGGUCUUGAAGGCAGGUGUGAAGCUUGACCCAACAUGUAAACUGGAGGAGAUAGUGAACUAUGAUGGAUUAAAUCCUCUGCAGCUUGCUGCCAAGACAGGCAAAGUGGAGAUCUUCAAGCACAUCAUCCAAAGAGAGGUCAAAGACCCAGUGUACAGGCACCUGUCACGCAAGUUCACUGAGUGGACCUAUGGACCUAUCCAUGUGUCCCUCUAUGACUUGUCCUCUAUAGACAGCUUUGAGGAAAAUUCUGUGCUGGAGAUUCUGGCGUACAGCAGUGACACACCAAAUCGGUACAAGAUGGUGGUUUUGGAGCCACUGAACAAACUGCUUCAGCAAAAAUGGGAAACGUUUGCUUCCAAGAGAUUCUACUUCAGUUUUGUCUCAUACUUGUCAUUCAUGAUCAUCUUCACAGCCAUUGCAUACUAUCAACCCUUACGGGUAAAGCCUUCAUUUCCAGUGGAAUUCACAGCUGGAGGCUUCCUGUGGGUCUCUGGACUGAUCAUUAUCUUGCUAGGAGGCAUUUAUCUAAUUUUUGCUCAGAGUCUGUACUUGCGGAGGAGACGCCAGUCCCUGAAGACUAUGUGUUCUGACAGCUGCAUUGAGAUCUUGAUCUUCAUCCAGGCUUUCUCACUGCUGCUGUCAGCAGUCCUGUACGGUGCAAGUUCAGAAAACUACGUGGCGGUGAUGGUGGUCUCCCUGCUUUUGGGAUGGGUGAACAUGCUGUAUUACACUCGGGGCUUUCAACGCACUGGGAUCUAUAGCGUCAUGAUACAGAAGACUAUCCUGAGAGAUCUGCUGCGUUUUCUCUUGGUUUAUAUGAUCUUCCUCUUUGGCUUUGCUGCAGCUCUGGUUACGCUGAUGGGGGAUGCUCCUUCGGUCUCUCAGAACAAGUCUCUUGCUCAGAUGGAGAGCGCUGGGAGCCAUGCUAUGUAUGGCGGGCUGCUUAGCGUCUCCCUGGAGCUCUUCAAGAUCACCAUUGGAAUGGGCGACCUGGAGUUCCAGGAACAUGCCAGAUUCAGAUACUUUGUCAUGCUCCUGCUUCUUCUCUUUGUGAUCCUCACUUACAUUCUUUUGCUCAACAUGCUGAUUGCGCUCAUGACCGAGACUGUCACGGAUGUUUCUGGUUAUAGCAAGAGCGUCUGGAAGCUGCAGAGGGCCAUUGCUAUUCUAGAAAUAGAGAAGGCCUGGCUGUGGCGCCAAGGCGGGAAGAGGAGAUCUGGCUGCUUCAUGUCAGUGGGCCUCAAUAAGAAAGAUGAAAGAUGGUGUUUCAGAGUAGAGGAAAUUAAAUGGACGAGUUGGGCAAAGGAUGUGGGAGUUCUUAAGGAAGACCCUGGAAACACCAGUGACUCAGAAAUAAAUCCAGAAGAGACAAGAUCAUGGAAACGGAUGCCACGGAAACAACUGAGAUCAGCUGUUUCAGAGGAGCAGUCACUAUUGCAGCCCCAGCUAUCAGCAACUGAGAUGAUGCCUCUAGAGGGACAAACCAGAAAUCUUUAGCAGGUUUUCUGGAUUGCAGCCUUACUUCCAACUUCAAAGCCGUAGCUCUUCCUAUAGCGGCUGGAAGAAUUGAAGGCAUUAUCAGUAUUAAAGUGCAUUUCAUCAGAGACUGCGGUUCAGCCUGUGGCUUCAAAUAUUUUCAUGCACUUUAAUCUUCAAUUUCCUCUGAAGAAACUAUUUUUACUCAACUUUCUGUGCCUAACACUUUCUUCUUACUACGUCUAAAGAUACAAGAGCAAGAUCAUAGGGGCAGUGGGGAGCGGUCUUUAGGAAGGCAGUGCUUUCUGAGCUGUAUAGAAAUAAUGCUGUUUGCCGUAGGGAAGCAAAGGAUGGAGUGACCUGUCUAAGAAUGGGUUGACUUUUACGGUUUUUUUGGCACAAGAGACUGCCUGGCGGUGCUUUGGGAUAGAGUGUUGUAGAGGCAUAAAAAGUUGUGAAGGAUGGAAUUGGCUUCUGUGCAAAACACUGUCGGUGUGAGACAUGACAGACGAAUAUUCAGUCUUCAGUCAUCAAGAGCCAGACCAAGUUCUUUGUGUCUGUACCUGCAGUGCUCGGUGUUUAGCCCACAUCAGAAUUCCCAUUUUACAGUAUUAUAAUGAAAUCGUUUGCAUGAUGUGUGCAUUUGCUUAAGAGCACAACAGCAAUGUGGAUUUCCUGGACCUGUAACUUCACACGGUGAAUUUCUGAAACGCCUGUCUUUCACAGGUUGCUUUGUCUCUGCAGAAAACAGCAGCAGAAUCCUGCAUGUGGCUUCUGAGAGACAGAUGGGCCAAAACACUUCAUGCAGUUAAUAUUUCUUGUCAGUCUUAGUGGGCAUCCUGUCUUGCUGUAAACAAUUACAGGGACGUCAUUGCUUCUUGUAAUGUGCACCCUGCCUCAGGCAGGAUGGGGAACAUGCUUUAACGUCUGUGGAAAAGAGAUAAAAAUGAGCUGCCUCACUUCCAGCCUUUAUUUAAAAACAACAACAUGAAUUUCUGUAAACUAUCAAUAUAGCAAGUUUACUUAAUAGAAAACAUUCUUCCUUGGAUGUAUUUUCAGGCUCCCUCAAAAGGGAAGAGAAGCUGUGAUCAGCAUGGACUAUAAGGCCUUAUCAAAUUCCUGAUUAUCUCUCACCCAGCAAGGUGCUGACCUCACUGCCAUGCGAGUGAACUCGUGUUUCUCGCGACCUCAUGUCAGUUAAUGCAGCCACACCUGAGGCUGUAACAGCCAAUGUUGCAUUGGAUGCAUCUUUCGCAGAGGGAAUGGCUAGUGAUAACCCUGAAAAAUCUGCAGACUACAAAUGUUGGCAGCACCUGUCACGCAGUAGGGUAAAUUAUGCAACUCAAGAUUUCCUGUCUCAUUUCUGCUCUGAGCAAGUGAGGCUAGGAGGUUUCUCUUUUGGAGACAACAUCCUGUUGCUUACUAUAUUCAUGGGGCUGGCAGCAAAAGCAUUGCUUUUAGAACGUACUCCCUGUCUCUUCAGAUGGGUUCUUCCCCUGUGCUGGGCAAUUCCCUCUGCCGCUUCACUGUAUUGGGUCUCUGAAUUGUAACUAACUAUUCUCACUCCAGCUUCUGCUGUUUUCUUGCUUUGUGAAGCCUUCAGCUGCUUUUUCCAUCUAUGGCUUUGUCCUAAGUGUUCCCAAGAUUUGGCAAGGUGCUCACGUUGCACAAAAGGAUCAUCUGGCGUAUGGUAAUCUAUUGCUGUGCUUGGUGCUUUGCUGUGUUAGGGAAACUUUGAGAUUCUCAAGAAAUGCAGAAUCUCAUCUGCCAUCCCUGCCUGGAGUCUUAAUAAACAACAAAGGUGAAAUCUUGCUUAUUGGUAGUGUUUUUGAUAGCUGUGGGCUGUGACAAUUUGCUUUCAAGAUAACCUGCCUCUUCAGCCAUUCCUUGAACCUGCUUCUCUUUAAAUCCCUUUUGUAAGCUUGCAGCGUUAAUCUUUUGGUCUGCAUCAAAAGUGUUCUUAAACCUCUAGCGUCUGCUGUGAAACAGAGCCCUGGCAUUCUGUGUGCUUCACAGUCACACCACAGACCACCAGCCCCAGCCCCCUCAAGCUCAGGAAUGAAGGAUGACGGACAGUAGACAGGGACAGGUACAUGCAGCGAACAGAUACGUCAGGUCGGUCAGAAGAUUUAGCAGUGCCCAGGCUGUUGUGCGGCUCUUUGAUGUGCUCUGGAAAAAAGGGAGGUUUCUGAGGAGUUAAAACCUCUCUGCAGUGGGGGGUGAGUCAGCACUGUUGAGAUUAUCAUCAGUAGCCUCCCAGUUUUCUGUAUUCUUAAUGCAGAAGGCUCCUCUUUGGCUUCAGCAUCGGAACCGCUUCCCAUUUUGGUCAUGUUACAAACAGGAAGGCUGUCUGGGGUCCGUUUUGUGGGAUGUCUGCAGUUCCUUGCAAGAGGAAGGACUUGCAAGGUGGUUCAUAGCUUUGAAGGCCCAACAGGAUUCUGGGAUCCACUCUUAAUAGAUCAUAAUGUUUUUCCAGGAAACACUUCAGUCAUUUACACACAAAAUUACCAACAGAUGAAGUGCCCUCUCCUUUCUACCUCUUGUGACAGGUAAACCCACCUGCUUGUGAACCCAUCCCUUUCCAAACGGGGAGGCUUUGUGGGGGUCUCAUCUGAGAAAACAGAAACCUUUCGCAAACAUCAGUGAAGGCACAGCUGCAGCUUCUCUCCCCUGCCUACUCUGUAUGUACAAGCCACGGAGACUCCGAAGGCCCAGCCACGCCACGAAGAAAAGACACCAGCAGCUCUCAUUACUUUCCCUGCAGGGUUAUGGAUGCUCAAACCCUCGCCUGGGUGAUUUGGUCAAAGUUGCUUGGUUCCUGGUGGGGUUGGGAGAUGAAUGCAGACCUUGUUACUUCCAAACUCUUCCUCCUCCUCUAACUGAGCACACUUCGCCUGGUCAUUGCUCCCUGCGGCCUCUCUACUAGGCUCCGAAUGCUUCCCACCGCACAGUCAUCUCUCUCGCCACUUGUCUGUGUAAUAUUCAUAAAAGAAACUUCAUGUCUGGUCUCUGUGGCUCCCAAUUCCCCAUAAGCUGUUUUCCUCAGGGGUAUAGGUGGAAGCAAGACUUUCUUGUUCCUCAAAUGGUUCCCACAUUUUAUUUUAUCGUUGUUUUUUUCCCUGUUUUUUUUCAAAGCGUGCUCUGAAGCUGAAGCCAGUAUGGGGAGGUGUCUCUGUGUCUUGGCUGAUUCCCCCUCUCUUCAUCUCUUUGUGACCCCUCUUGCAACCAUGCAUACUUUCCAUUGCCUCUGUAGCUAGCCAAAGGAGUCUUUGAAAUGUGACAAGCAAAAGGGCUCAGACAAAGAACAGAUGCUUUGUGUAAGUCCACAUAAGCUGCAAAGAGCUAUUUCUGAAGCGAUGCAGCUGGCAGGUUUCUCGGAUGGACUUUGCUGUGGCUAGCUGUUGGUUUUCAGUUAUCAAGUUUUCUUUGCUGUAUUUAAGAAAUUUCAUUUGUUGCUCUGGGAUUAAAAUGAAAAUAAAAAUGGAAAAAAAAAAAAAGACAUUUUAAAAGAAAACUGUUCUACUUUGCAACCUUACAUCUGCUUCAGCAGCAUGAAUAAAAGUGGGGCCAGACAGGACCAGGCAAAGCCUCAGAAAGGCAUGACUGGCUGCCUCAUAGCUGGCACCCAACUGUCACUAAAAUCUGAGUGCAAGGAGUGUUUUCUUCACUUCCUCUUUUGACGUCAUCUUUUUUCAGUUCGGAUUCAUGAGAUGUGGAGUGCCACAGCAUUUCUGGACGGUGAGGACGGGUGUCAAAUGUUGUUAAACACAGGGAGUCCUUAGAGGAAGAGAGCUGGA